AGCUUAUCAGUUCGGUAAUUAUAAAUAAAUCGCAGUGCGACGUUGUAAAACUUCCGCAAAAUCUGUGAGCGUAACGUUAAAAUGUCAACCCGUGCAUGACUAGCACGGCGGAAUAAGAAUAUAGUACUUGUAUUAAAGUUUCUGAUGGCACAUGCUUGCGACGGGUCGCACGAGCGUUCCGUUCGUUGAUAUGCAUUAUCAGCUAUUUAGCUCGACAUAGUAAUCACAAGUCGCGUGAGGGUUGAGUGAUUGCUUUGAGUUAAUUAGGUAUUUCGACAUGGACCGCGCACGCCCGCAGACACGUAUCCCAAGGAUCCGUAUGUAAAUGAGACCUACUACCCAUUUGGAUGGGGACAAGUUACAAAUAAUGGUAAACGCGAGCUAUUCAACAUUGGUACUUGGUUGCGAAAGCGCUAUGGCAAAUUCCUGGCCCCCUACUACAGCCCCGAUUUGGUGCAUGCCCAAGCGACGGGAGUGCCGCGAACCCACAUGACUUUGCAGACAGUCCUGGCUAGCUUCUUCCCACCUAAAGGCACCCCAAUGGAGUGGAACAGCAAAUACAAUUGGCAGCCCAUUCCGAUAUUCUCGCAGGCAUUGGAUGAAGAUACGCUGCUGUUGGUGCGUACGCCUUGUCCGCGAUACUUUGAGGCUCUACAUGAGGUUUACGAGCUGCCUGAGGUAAAAGCUGAGGCAGAGCCCUACUUGGAGAUGUAUAAGGAGCUGGAAGCGCAUACGGGUCUUAGUUUCAAGGAGCCGGAAGAUGUCCAAUCGCUGUACUUAACUCUGCUGGCCGAGCAGGAAUGGGGCCUUGAGCUGCCAGAAUGGACAAAAGAGUAUUUUCCCGAGAAGAUGCAGUUCCUCACUGAGCAAAGCUACGUUUAUAACGUGUAUACGCCGGAGAUGCAGAAAAUCAAGGCCGGUCCAUUCCUUAGGAAGAUGUUCGAUGAAAUGCAACAGAAACGUAAUUCAACCAUAAAGCCGGAGAAGCGAAAACUCUUUAUCUACACCGGACACGACUCCACUGUGGUGAACAUUCUCUCUGCGCUCAAUAUUUGGGAACGCCAGCUGCCGCGAUAUUCGGUCAUGGCUCUGUUUGAGCUGCACAAGAACAAAGAAACCGGGGACUAUUGGAUAGAGAUCUACUUCCGUAAUAAUCCUAAAGCACCAGCGCAGAAACUUACAGUGCCUGGCUGUGAGUUCCAAUGCCCCUUAGACAAGCUGCUUGAGCUUGCUAAGGAUGUGUUGCCCACCCAAGCGGAUGACAAUCGUUGUGAUUCAAAGAACGAGGAGUUUACGGAACCACCGCUACGAGGUCCUUAGGAUAACAGGGAGCGACACAUAACGUUUUUGUGAAGCAGGUGCUACAACUCAGGGAGCAAACUUAGGCUAAGGCAAGGUUCUAUCGUAUAAAUACUAAACUAAUUUUAUUAAUACAAUGUAAAUAAUACAAACAG